AUGCCGGCUCUGGAGCGAGCAAGUCACGGGCGCGAGCAGCCUGGGCACAGGCGAUGGGGAACAGUCCCGAGAGACUUCACGUGGGUAGCACCCGGUUGGUUCGUGCUGUCUUGGAGUUCCGAGUGCGUUAGGAGCCGUUGGAUCACCUCCGAUCUAACGGUGGAGGCUUCUGGGAGGAUUGAGAGUCGUUGGAUCAUGAAGCCAGAUCCAACGGUGGAGGCUCAGCUGCGCAUGGAGAUGGUGACAGGAAACCCUAACGGGUCUAGGAAGGCUGGAACCAUAGAGGUACCAGAACAAGCAGUGGAGGUUAAGGAAGAGACCUUACCAUCUUGGUGGGCUGGGCAGAAAGAGGAGCUGAAAGGAAGAAUACAAACCUUGAAAGAGAGAAUGACUAAAAAUAGAGGGUAUUUGCAGAGGAUCCUACAACUGGUCAAUCAAGCAGUUGAGGAGAAAGAUUCACCUCAUGAGCAUGAGAAGUAUACUUUUCAACCUAAUGAACCAGGGAUAUUAGCUUUUAAACCUGUGGGGUUUACUGGUCAUCAAACUGUUAAUCCAAAGUUGCAAAAAGAAAAUCCUAUGGAUAGUUUUAGUGAGAUUAAGGGGGAAGGAGAUGAACAUGUGGACAUUAGAAACUAUUUUAAAAAUCCUUUUGGAAAUACAAGUUCUGUGCUACCUAGACCAAAAUUGGAGCUACCAAUGUUUGAUGGAAAUAAUUCCAGAGGUUGGAUUAGGAAAUGUCAAAUUUUUUUUAAUCUGUUUGGAAUACCCGAAGAACAGAAACUGGAAAUAGCUGCUAUGUAUUUAACUGGGAGGGAUGAGACCUGGUUUGAUGGUUACAUUAUGCAGAAGCAUAGAGCUACUUGGUAUGAAUUUGAGGCUGAUUUGUGCCAUAGGUUUGGUGAUAAAAAUUAUUCAGACAUUAUUGAAGAAUUUAAUAAGUUAAUGCAAAAAGGAAGUGUGGAAGAGUAUCAAGACAAUUUUGAAGAGUUAAAACCAUAUUUGCUACAACAAAAUAUGUAUCUGGGGGAAGAUUAUUUUGUUUCCAGUUUUGUUAGUAGUCUCAAAGAAGAACUUAAGCACAAGGUCAAGGUGUUGGAGCCUAAAACUCUAUCUGAGGCAUAUAGACAAGCCAAAAUUUAUGAGUUGGCAAAUGAGAUUGAGACUAAAAGGUACAAAGUUCAUACCAGAAGUUUUGCUUACACAUCUCAGAAUAUUCAGCCAAAGAACUUGAAUACUGGUUUGGUGACUAAAACCAGUCCACUAAAUAGUAAUAUUACGCAAAGUUUAGUGGAGUAUAGGAGAACACAUAAUUUGUGCUUUAAAUGUGGGGAAAAGUUUACCCCUGGACAUCAAUGCAAGGUCAGACAACUAAAUUGUAUGGAAGAAGAGGAAGAGUCUGCUGAAAAAGGUAUAACUGAAGAAGAAGCUGGGGAAAAGGAGGAUACAGAAAAGGAAACUCUUGAAAUAUCCAUUAAUGUUAUUACAGGGAAUGUGGGCCAUACUACCUUGAGGAUACAAGGAUUUAUCAAGGGAAAACCCUUGAACAUUUUGAUAGAUAGUGGAAGCACUCACAGCUUUGUAACUCCUAAGUGGGCUAAAGAAGGAAUGAAGUUAGUAAACACUCAACCAUUAGUAAUCACAGUAGCUAAUAGAGAGAAGCUUUACAGCAAUGCUAAGUGUAAUAAAGUAAGCUGGAAGAUGCAGGGAUAUGAAUUCCAACAUGAUUUUAGAGUUCUAUCCUUGGGAGGCAGUGACAUGGACAAAACUAUCAGUUUUAUGAAAGAUGGCAAGAAUGUUGUUAUUAGAGGAACUAAAAAAUUACCUCUAGUCAGAUCCAUCACAGGAGAGAAAUUUCAGAAGUUGGCAUUAAAGGAUACUGAAAUGACUGGAGAAAUAUUUUGGUUAAGUGCUGAAGUUGCUGACAGCAUAACCCCUCAACCACUUGAGAAGUUGUUGGAAGAAUUUAGUGAAAUCUUUGAAGAUCCUAAAGAAAUUCCUUCUAAAAGGAAACAUGACCAUGCUAUUAUUACUGACAUGCUAGCAGCUUCCAUCAUACAAGUUAGUCAAAGCUCUUUUUCUUCUCAUUGUCUAUUAAUCAAGAAGAAGGAUGGGUCUUGGAGGUUUUGUGUAGACUACAGACAACUUAACUCUAUCACCAUCAAGAAUAAGUUUAUUAUUCCUAUAGUAGAAUAUUUGCUAGAUGAACUGAAUAGAGGUGCAUUUUUCUCCAAAAUUGAUCUAAGGUCAGGGUAUUGGCAAAUCAGGAUCAAGGAUGAGGACAUUCACAAGACUGUCUUUAGAACUCACCAAGGACACUAUGAAUUUAAGGUAAUUCCAUUUGGGCUUACUAAUGCUCCAGCUACUUUUCAAGCAUUAAUGAAUGAUUUAUUUGGUGCUUAUUUAAGGAAAUUUGUCCUUAUGUUCUUUGAUGAUAUUUUAGUUUACAGUCCUAACUUUGCAGCACAUGAACAACAUCUAAGGGUGGUUUUAAACAUUCUUUUAGAAAAUAAAUUAUAUGCUAAAAGGAGCAAAUGUUUCUUUGGGCAAUCACAAGUGGAAUAUUUGGGGCAUUUGAUUUCAGCACAGGGAGUGGCUACUGAUCCUGCUAAGAUCAAGGCUAUGCAACAAUGGCCUUUGCCUAAGAAUUUAAAAGCUUUGAGGGGUUUCUUAGGUUUCACAGGAUAUUAUAGGAAAUUCAUUAAAGGUUAUGGAGAGUUGAGCAAGCCCUUGAAUAAUAUGCUCAAGAAGGAAGGAUUUUAUUGGAGCCCAGAAGCUGUGGAAGCAUUUGAAGAAUUGAAACAAGUAAUGUGCAGAUAUCCAGUUUUGGCUUUACCAAAUUUUGAGAAAUUUUGUUUGGAGACAAAUGCUAGUUCAAAGGGUACUGGAGAAGUUCUCUCUCAAGAAGGAAGGCCUAUAGCUUAUCUAAGCAAGGCUCUUAGGCCAAAACAUGCAGACUUGUCAAUCUAUGAAAAUGAGUAUUUGACCAUUUUAAUGGCAGUAUCUCAUUGGAGACAUUAUUUAGAAAAUGAACCUUUUGUUAUCAAGACUGAUCAUGAACCAUUAAAACAUCUUCUUGAGCAUAAGUUAACUACAACUAUUCAGAAGAAAGAACUAAAUAAACUGUUGGGACUUGAUUAUACAAUACAGUACAGAAAGGGCAAACACAAUAAAGUAACAUAUGCUCUUUCUAGACAACAAGAGGAUUCUGGUGAGUUUUUCCAAAUAGGGAUAAUAGUUAUAACUCUUACUUGGAUGCAGGAUAUUGAACAGAGUUACCAGGAUGAUGCACUGGCACAAGAAAAGAUUCAUAUGUUGGUUCUACAACCAAAAAGUAUAGAAGAUUGGAAGUUGGUUAAGGGAGUUUUGUAUUUCAAAAAUAAAGCUUAUGUGGGUAGUAAGGGAGACCUCAGAGAGAAGAUUAUUAUAGCUCUCAAUGACUCAUCAAUAGGAGGCCACUCAGUUCACUCAAACGAAAAAAUUGGGAAAGGGCGAGUACCUUCAAUUGAUCCUCCAGAGAUCACGAAUGAUGGCCAAUUGAAAGUUUACCCAGCUAGUGUGUUGAAUAAAUGGAUGGUUAAACACCAAAACCAGGCAGUAACCCAUCUAUUGAUUCAAUGGACGAAUAUGGGACUAGCAGAGGCGACGUGGGAAUAUUAUUCAACGCUGAAGACUCAGUUUCUAGAUUUCGAUCCUUGGGGACAAGGAUCAUCUGGUGGAGGGAGUAUUGUUAUGAUGGAAGAGGAAUUAGGGUUGGAAAAAGGGGAAAUUGGGAGGAAAUUACCCCAGUUAGGGAUUUUAAACGAGGAAUAG